GGAGAAGUAAAGGAACGUUAAGGUUACCAGUCUCCUGCAGGCUACAUCAUGGGUCCUCUGCUUGGAUUGGGGUGGCUCUUUCUCUUACUAGUAGCUGCAAAUAUAGAGGCUCAAAAGAAGUCUUCUAUAAAUAUCAAAACAAAAUGCCUGGGCAAUAUUAUGCUUGUGGAGGUUGGUCCACUUAGAGGAAGUUUUUUGGAUGUUGCUGUUAUCAUGAAUAACACGGCUGUUCUUCUUACACCAAGUAUUGCCACCCAAUGUGGGUUCAGCAUGAAGCAUGAUCAAUUUGGGAAUGCCCUUAUUUAUAUCUCCCUGCAGAACUGCUUUUCUCAAAAUGUGGAGGAUAAAACAUUCACAACAGCACUACAGCUUCACUUGCAUGGGAACCAGUUUGUAAAAGGUGAGCUGCACCAGGUGGUUGAAACCUGCCAAUAUAAUGCCUGGGCCUCCAGAGAAGUCAUCUGUGACUACAACUACAUGGAAGUGUCUGUAAAACGUGCAGCUCCAGAUGACUUUCCUCUGCCACAAAACCCAGUUUCCAGCUCAAAGCUUUCAAACACUCGGCGAGCAGCGGAGAAACAGCCUGUGGAUUUGGGAUUCAGAGCCACAACGGUUGUCUUUUUCACACCAGAGGGGGAAAAGCCUAUGAGUGUGGCUGAUGCACAGAGAAGGGGAUAUGGCAUUAGAAAUACUCCUACAAGGCUGGUCUUGAGGAGUCCAAUGAUGGCACCAGAAACCUACAUGCAGCAAGUAGCAGGGGUUCCCAUGAGGGUAUUCAAGACUUCGACAAUUUUUGAGAAAAAAUGGCUUGCAACUCAAGUUGACGCUGCAGCUGCUUGUCCAAUCCAGGAGGGUAGUGUCUUCCUCACUCAAAAAACAAUCACCUGGUACCUGCCCCGGCAGAUGGACCCAAUGAUUUCUUCUGGUCAAUUUAAGCUUUUGGAGGUGCACUUUGGCAUAAACGGUCAGCGGCUGAAUCCCUUGGAACUACAGGCCAGGGGAUACUCUGUGGCUCUCAAUGACUUCUAUGUCAUCACUGAACUUCCCAUUGGGGGUGUUGGUGGCUACUACAAGAGCCACAUUCAAGAUGACAAAUACUAUGUCUCUUACAUGAUUGAGCCAAUGCUUGAGCUGCUUUGGACAGAAGAUGCUACAAAUGAACAAACAAGAUACAAAGUCUUGUUUCACAUUGCAACACAUCUAGUACCUCAACCCCUUGAACUUAUUGACAAAACUGUUCCAGGGGAGAUGACAUUUAAGAUGGUGCUUGGACACUUUGCUGUUGAUGUAGCUUUAAUAAACAUCACCUUCCCUGCAGAAGUGCUGUCCAUGGCUGACUGUAGUGUCAGAGGCUUUAACAUCUUGGAGCACAUGUCUCCUAAUAGUAGUAUGAAGGUUUUCACUCUUGAAGUGCCAUUUUCAGACCCCGCAGUCUUGAAGCAGGCUGGAGAUGGUGUGACGAUCUUCUCCCUUCAUCUGACCUUUGGUUUGAUGCUGAUGGAUGAGCUUGAAUUUUUCUCUUACAACGCUCAUUUGGAAGCUGUUGUUCAGAAUAUUGUCCCACCCUCUGUCUCUGGUGGCUGUGAUAAAGAGAACUUUUAUGUCCUUGUAAAAUAUGGGAGCCGUGGCUACAACUUUCAGACUCUGGUGGGGAAGCGACUAAUGACCCCCAGUUUGGCUCAGCAUUAUGACUACAUGGAAAAUGGAACGCACUUCAGUUUUGUUGUGCCAUUUUCAUCUCCUGAUGUUGCAGUUGAGGCAAUUCAAUCCUCAUUCAUUAAGGGCAGACUUGAUGUGAUUUUGAAUAAUCCAGAGACAAAUUCUGAAAUUCAGGAAUUCUCCGUAGCUUGCAAUUUUCUCUCAACACUAACUGAAUGUUUCCCAAAUGGAACAAUGACUGCUUUGGCUCUAAAACUAGAGUCAGUCCCUUCUCUGAACCCCAGCAAGCUUACCCUGGAAGACCCAUCUUGUGGCCCUGUUUUCAGCAAUGAUCGCUAUGCUUUCUUUGUCUUCACAGUAAAUUCAUGUGGUACAAAGAGGAAGUUCAUGUCCAAUGCCAUGCUGUAUGAAAACGAGAUCUCUCUGCCAGAUGAAGACCUAGCAAAAAAAGACCCAAACUCUAAGGAACCAGAGUAUGAUUUAAAGGUUUCUUGUGUCUAUGACAUCGACACAAACCAGGCUGUGGCCUUUAACACAAGACCUAGAAGAAGUGAGCCUUAUGCUGAGAACUCAAAGGGCCAGCUACAAGUUGUGAUGAGGCUUGCUAUGGAUGAAUCCUACAGCAAGUUUCAGAGCACAGAAGACUAUCCCAUUGCAAAGUAUCUGCAACAGCCACUGUAUUUUGAGGUGGAGCUGCUUAAAUCUACAAACCCUCUGGUGUCACUAGAGCUGGAAAACUGCUGGGCAACAAAAGGGGAAAGGACAUCCCAGCCAAGAUGGAAUCUGAUAAUUAAUGGCUGUCCAAACCCAGUCGACCCAUACCAGGUAGUGUUCCACCCUGUUUGGGCCGAUGCCAGGGUUAGGUAUCCCUCUCACUUCAAGCGGUUUGAAGUCAAGAUGUUUGCCUUUGCUGAAGGGGAAGAGGACUUAAAUGCCAAGAUCUUUGUGCAUUGUGAUGUGGUGAUCUGUGAUGCCAAAAAUCCUCUUGGUGGAGUCUGUGGUAAACAAUGUUCCAAAACAAAGGAAAUGAUAAGAGGUCAAAAACGUGACGUUUCUAAGAUCCUGGAUUUUGAACAUGUAUCAGUUGGACCAAUACGCUUGAUUCUCUGA